CAAAAUAAGCAUUUUCUAAUCACUGCAUUUAAAUAGCUGUGAAGCAAAGACAUCAGCCAUCGUCUUUAUCAUCAACCCAGCUUGCAUCACUCCAGUCUUGGGUUUAAGGCUUUGACAACCAUGAAGCUUUUCAUUCUCACCUGCCUUGUGGCUGUUGCUCUUGCCAGGCCUAAGCCAUCAGAGAGCAGUGAGCCUACACCAUUAGAGUUAAGAGAGGAAUACAUCAAUGGUAUGAACAGGAAUCGUAUUAUGGCAGAGCCUGAGCAGUCAGAAUCUAGCACCAGUUCAUCAAGUGAGGAAAUUUCUCUCAGUAAGCCUGAGCAAGCUCUCCAUGCCCAGAAAUAUAUUCCAAGAGAGAGAGCAUUCUACCAACCCUGUCUGGAGCGGGCUUGCAGAAUGAGUGAAAACAGCCGUGUCCAAGUGCAAGCUCUCCAUGCCCAGCAGAAAUAUAUUCCAAGAGAGAGUGUGUUCUACCAACCCUAUCUGGAGCAAACUCACAGAAUGAGUGAAAACAACCAUGUCCAACUGGAACACAGCCAGCUCUAUCUUGAGCUCAACCAACCUGCUGCCUACCCCUAUGCUGUUUGGUACUAUCCACAAAUCAGGCAGAAUCUUCCUUUCCCACCAUUUUCCGACAUCUUCAGUCCCAUCGCCCCUGAGAAUUAUGAAAAAAACUAAUGUCAUGCUGUAGUGGUGAAGUAUCAAGUCACUUCUCAGGAACGCCACAGAUAUGGCCCUUGAUAUGACUGAAAAUUUCAUUGUCUGAAUUUCUCCUAUCAUGGAAAAUCAUCUUAUCUGAAGGCUUUGAGUGUUGUUUUAGAAUAGCAAACUCCCAUAUUGAAGGAAAUUGUUCCUCUUAUGUUCUCUACUUAAUAGAAUAUCAUUCUCUUUCUAAAGCUAAAUUUUCUGAUUUUAUUGUCUAAAUUCCAAUUGUGUCAUGCCAUAUUGAGGGCACCUGAUUAGAGGGUAUUAAACUCUUUACUAAGUUUCUCUAAUAGAAACUUUGUUUAAAAAGUCUUUGAAUUGCCUAUUCUGUAAGUGCCAUCAUUUCAAAUAAUUGUGUGCAGUGACUGAGAUUGUUUG